CUAACGAGAGUCGAGAGAGUAGUCCUAUCUCCACCUCGAGCGGCUCAAAGCCAAAGGGUAGCGCAGCCCCCCCGGUUUCCUCCGACAUUUCAUCCCUUCCACUCCCUCCAUAUAAAUAAUAAAAAAAUAACUAUAAACUCCUCAACCUUCGCGAACAAACCCCGCCAUUUUUUUCUCCUCAAUCGAUCAGAGAACGAAAGUAAUAAAAGAGAGAGAGAGGGAGCGAGCGACUGAAAAAAAGGAAAGAGAGAAUGGACUCCGCCGCUAUCGCGAGGAGACUUCUCCGCCCGAUUCCUAACAUUAACCCUAACCCUAACCAUAAUUCCUCCUCUCCGUUCCUCUCCACGAGGUGCCGGCCAUGGCGGAGGCCGAUCUCCCUCUCCGUUCGCUGCCUCCAGACCCCCAACCCCAACCCCACCCCUCCCCCCAACCCCGGCUCCCUCCUCGCCUGCUCCGCCAUCGCCGCCCGGGAGGCCUCCGCCGCCCAGGACCUCCCCCGCCUCCGCCUUCGCCGCCUCGUCGACGAAUUCCGCUCCCUCCCCGAGCCCAUCGACCGCGUCAAGCGCCUCCUCGCCCGCGCCUCCGCUCUCCCGCGCUUCCCCGAGGCCGACCGGGUGCCCUCCAACCGCGUCAUGGGAUGCACCGCCCAGGUCUGGGUCACGGCUUCCUUGGACGACCUCGGCCGCAUGCGGUUCGCUGCCGAUUCCGACUCGGAGAUCACCAAGGGAUUCUGCUUCUGCGUCAUUUCGGUGCUCGACGGGGCGCUGCCGGAGGAGGUGCUGGACGUGAAGCCGGAGGAUUUCGGGGACUUGAACGUGGUCGGGCUGCCAGGGAGGGCCAACUCGAGGGUGAACACCUGGCACAACGUGCUCAUCAGUAUGCAGAAGAGGACCAAGGCGUUGAUCGCCGAGGGGGAGGGGAGGACGCCGGCCGAGCCGUUCCCGUCGUUGGUUAUUGGGGUGGACGGGAUUCAGGCGAAGGGGAGCUACGCUGAAGCUCAGGCAAUGUUUCUAUCUCCUAAUGAGUUGAAGAUUAAGGAACUUGUUAAUGUGCUGAGGGAGAAGAAAAUUGGUGUUGUUGCACACUUUUAUAUGGAUCCAGAGGUCCAAGGCAUCUUAACUGCUGCUCGGAAGCAAUGGCCUCACAUCCACAUAUCUGAUUCAUUAGUAAUGGCAGAUACAGCUGUCAAGAUGGCAGAAGCUGGAUGCCAGUAUAUCACUGUACUUGGUGUGGACUUUAUGUCAGAAAAUGUUCGUGCAAUACUUGAUCAAGCUGGUUUUGAGAAGGUUGGUGUAUACAGGAUGUCAAAUGAACAGAUUGGUUGCUCUUUAGCAGAUGCUGCAGCAAGUCCAACAUAUAUGGAUUUUCUUGAGGCAGCCUCAAAGUCACCCCCUUCCUUGCAUGUGAUCUACAUAAAUACUUCCUUAGAGACAAAAGCACAAGGACAUGAACUGGUGCCAACUAUCACUUGUACAUCUUCUAAUGUUGUGCCGACCAUAUUGCAGGCAUUUGUUCAAAUACCAGAUCUAGAUGUCUGGUAUGGUCCUGAUUCCUACAUGGGUGCGAAUAUCGCAGAGUUAUUUCGCCAAAUGGCUAGCAUGUCAGAUGAAGAAAUUGCAGAGAUACAUCCAGAACAUAAUAGGAACUCCAUAAAGUCACUAUUACCCCGUCUGCAUUAUUAUCAGGAUGGUAACUGUAUUGUACAUGACAUGUUUGGGCAUGACGUUGUGGAGAGGAUAAAAGAACUCUACUGUGAUGCAUUCCUAACGGCCCACUUUGAAGUUCCCGGAGAAAUGUUCUCUUUGGCAAUGGAAGCAAAGAGGAGAGGAAUGGGAGUUGUGGGUUCUACCCAGAAUAUAUUAGAUUUCAUUAAAAUUCGGGUGCAGGAAGCUUUGGACAGGAACCGGGAUGAUCACCUUCAGUUUGUGUUAGGAACAGAGUCAGGCAUGGUGACUUCCAUUGUGGCUGCAGUUCGUGGAUUACUAGGUUCCAGUGAGUCCUCUUCUGGAAGAGCAAAAGUUAAAGUUGAGAUUGUGUUCCCAGUCUCAUCAGAUUCAGUGUCAAAAACCUCAGUGAAUGGAUCCCAUGGGCUGGAUUCUAUUACAGCAAAUGAUCUUGCUAAACUGGUUGUUGUUCCUGGUGUGGCAACUGGUGAAGGAUGCUCCAUUCAUGGUGGUUGUGCUUCUUGUCCAUAUAUGAAGAUGAACUCCCUUAGGUCGUUAUUGAGAAUUUGCCACCAACUUCCUGACAAAGACGGUACUCUAUGGGCCUAUGAAGCAAGCAGAUUCAAUGCAACAACACCCCUUGGAAAAUCAGUUGCAGAGGUCGGGUGUGAGCCAAUUCUGCACAUGAGGCACUUCCAGGCAACAAAAAGAUUGCCAGAAAAACUUGUCCAUCAGGUUCUCAAACAAUCAAGUGACGGAGCAGCAGUAUCAUGACAGUUGAUCUGUGAUGUGAUGCUAAUUUAUGAUCUGAGUUUGACUGCAAUGCCUUUGUUCCACCCAAGUCACAAUAAGGAUAGCCAUCCUUCAGCAAUGCUACUCGAAAACACAAGACUUGGUGUUGUAUGAAGCAAGCCAACCUGUGUUGCUUGGCUUUGCCAGUCAGUUUUAAAUUUUGAGCAAUGCCACAGGAAAUGCUUAAUCUGUUGUACAAGAACUGUUCUCCACCUGUUUUGUUUGGGUUCUCCUAAUUUUGGUUCUCAAUUUUGUUUGGCCUUUCAGUAGUUAAAUGUAACAUUAUUUAUAGUUCUGCACUGGAGGAAUUAUAUCACAAGUUGUGAAAUGUUUUCAGUA